UGUUCCUGGAACACUUCACAAAAAAAAUGGGGGCGGGGCCCGUCGAAUUAUAAAUGGUCGCUGUCGGGUAGGAAAAGGCUGACAAUUACACCGCCAGCUGUGGUGCUUAUUGAAGUGUGCAGGAAGGAAUAAGGACAUAAAGAAAGAGGGCGAGAAGAACAAGGAGGAGGAGAUUUUUUUUACCUAGAGUGGAACGUAGACCACGUACACACUGAGCUCCUAGCCAGCGAGAGACAAGCAAGCGGUCGGGUCAUCUCAACCACGGGAUCGAGCCGCCGGCACAGUUGUCUACCUGCCAAGUGAGGAGGACUAACCCUGCAUCAGCCGCAGCGCACAUGGAUACAAUCCUGAGCUGACUUCUCCUGACUGCUGGCCCUGCGACUUUUUUCUAUCAAUUUCUGUUGUUCAAGCAUUUCUUGACAUUUGGGCCCUGACCUUUUGGGCACUUUGCGCCCGGUGGAUUGACCACUUUAUCAGGCGCCUGCACAGCGCAAUGGUAACCCACAGUAAGUUUGGUGCCGCUAUGAGCAGCUGUCCAUUUGAGCCGAGCUUGAGGCUAUCUGCUCACCGCUUCAAGAUCUUCAACUCCAAGCAUGAGUAUCAGCUGGUCAUCAACGCUUUGCGGAAGCUACAAGAAAGCGGAUUCUACUGGGGCACAGUGAGUGGGAAGGACGCCAACAAUCUGUUGAGCGCCGAGCCCACGGGGACCUUUCUGAUACGGGACAGCUCCGACAAUCGCCACUUCUUCACCCUCAGUGUCAAAACAGACUCGGGGACCAAGAACCUGCGCAUCCAGUGCGACAGCUGCUCCUUCUUCUUACAAACUGACCCCAAAUGCCUCCCUGCUGCUCCAAGGUUUGACUGUGUCUUGAAACUGGUCCACCAUUACAUGCCUUCCAAGAACUCGCCUUCCCCCAGCGGGAAUGGGAAGAAUAACUAUUUCAUUCAUUCCAGCGGGGAAAAGAUCCCUCUGGAACUCCUGCGGCCGCUGCUGUCCGGCGUGUCGACGCUGCAGCACCUCUGCCGCAAGACGGUGAACGGCCACUUGGAAGUGUCCACCAAGAGAGAGCAACUGCCACACACGCUCAAGGAGUUCCUCCAGGAAUACGACUCUCCCGUGUGAAGCGCCCUCUUCUCGGAGGGCUGGACGCCUUUGUUUCCACGGACAGGUUGCCCGACACUGGGGCCGGUGAACUGUGUAGAGAAACGCGACGGUUUGUGUGGCCAAUCCGAAUGCCCCCUCCACUGGGCGAGAAUCCAAACACAUUUGUACAUUCCUCCGCUGCACGCGGGCGGCCAAUGGCGGCGAGGUCAAGCGCAUCCAUGUGAGAUGUUUGGCGAAACACGUGCUGCUAAUUAAACAAAGCUGCUCGCCAAAGAGAGAGAGAGAGAGAGAGAAAACGUAAAUGAAUCAAAACCGCGAGAGGACAACACAGAUAUGCAAUAUUUCAUUUCAUUCUCUCGUCAAGGCCUUCCUCACAGGUAGACAUUUCUAAAGUGUGGGCGGAGGGGCAUCGGGAUUGCACUGGAAAUGGGGCGCCCAACCCGACUGGCCUGGCCGGCUUCUUCUCAGCCAGUGGUCUUCCCACGGCGCCACGAGUGUUUUUCGGUUUAUUCUUGAUGAUUCACGUCGAUUGCUGUAAUGAGAGGAUGAACCAGCAGUCGCUCCGAGGCUCUUUCAGUGAACUAUGAAAGCUUAAGGGGGCAGGCGGGCCGGGCGGACCACCUCACCUCGCCUCGCCUCGCCUCAUGAUAUCACUGAACUGAAGAAUCAUUGACUCAGGGACACAGUAUUCUGGUUUUAACGCGUUGGAGCUGCCAGCUCGAGACCACCGCAGUGUGGCUGGGCUUGGUGCCGUUUUCACUUGUUCCUUGGCGUUUCUGCAAGUCAGUCUCUUCACAAAUGGUGGCUUGAAUGUAUUCUGAUGAAACACUUGCAUUGCCUUUGUUCUGGGGAGGGUGGGUGGGUUUGAGGGGGGGGGGUCCGGUGUAAGUGUCAGUGAAAGGGUUAAAACAUUUCCACUCGUGUUUUUUUUUUUUCUUUGUUUACAUCGAUUGUGAAGAAAGGACAAAGAAGCCAACUCACACCAACAAGUAGCAACUCCAGAUUUGUCUUUUAUAAAGAUCUCACCAUAAUGUCCAGCGAUGUGGCUGGGGGUCCAGACUUGAAGAUCUCACAAAGCAAAAUGUCUCUGAAAGUUUUGCACAUUAUUUAUAUUUAUAAAACGUUUUCAGUAAUUUAUAAUAAAGAGCACUAUUUUUUAAAAUAUGAA